ACGACGACGCUGAGAUUAUUUUAUCGGAGCUAGAGGAAAAUUCCCAACGUGAUAACCGUCAAAUACAACAUUCCAUUGAUAGAUUGUUAGGAAAUGAUAAUAAUGUUUCGGCUAGCGAUUUUUUGUCUAUCGAUGAUAAAAUAUUAUCGAUUGAAUAUGAAGAAAGUACUGACCAGGAAAUCGUCGAUUGCGUUCUUGGAAAAGAUACAGAAGUGGAAGUUGACGAAAUUAUUGGGGUCACCAACAAUGAGGCGAUUGAAUGUCUCGAGAA